AAAUAAUAAUAAUUCAAUUCUAUAAUUUGCGUGUCCCGAAACUUUUAUAAAUUUGAGGAGUGUUACACCCCGUCAAACUCAAAGGGGAACUAACUUGAGUUUGUUUAUUUUAAAAAGAAGAAAUACUAAAAAGUCUAUGGAAUAGUAAACAGUCGCCUGAAUAUUGUCGCGAAAGUGGUGAAUAGUUACUGCAAAGGAAAGCAAUGAUGGAACUCUUUUCUGUUAACAUACAUGGUUGGUAAUUGUUAAUUGAAAGGAAGUGCUUCUUACAACAAACACAGAAACGUCUGCUCUCAGUUGUUGAAAAGAGGUAUCGUGAUGAAAUCUCCAACACAUCACUGAUGUAGAUUGAGUAAGCUGAACAGCUAACAAAGAAGUUGCUAGACAUGUCGCUGGAAGAAUGGCCUGAAUAGUAGUUGGAAGAAUGGCUGGUGUGCAGCAGGAUGGGGCAGUGCUGACUGCUGAGUGCUCACAAAAUGACACCAGAAAGAGAUGUGGUGCCCGAACAAACCUAAAAGAGGCAUAGUACCAUUAAAAGGAUCACCAGAGUUAAUGCUUGAAGAAUGGCCAGAUGUUGACUGAAGUAAGAGCAAUCACCAGAAGAGACGCAAUGCUGCUGGAGCGGUCACCGAAAGAGGAAAGCUACCACGAAAAGGGUCACCAAAAAAUGGCGCAGUGUCACCAGAAUGAUCAUUAGUAAAAGAUUCUGCUGCCAGAACGGUUACCAGAAAGAAGAAAGAUUAGUAAAAUAGUGUAAGGCUGCCGAUUAGUAGAAACUACUUGAAGUCUUCGCCGAUAUCAUUGAAAUACUAAUACCAUUAGAAAUGAUAAACAAAUUCUUCUUGAAAGAGUUGGUUUAGCAAGAUACAAGAAGGGUUUCUCAUAUAGGAUUUUUAGUUACGCGAAAUAGGGAAAUCUACCUAAUUUCUGGGAUUCCAAAUGACAUAAUCAUUUGAGUAUUCUCUUGACUUUCAACAAUAACAUAAUCAUUAAGCAUAUUGUGUACAAUAUAACUAAAGAUUCUCUGGAAUUUCAGUCAUAUCACUACAUCUACCUCAUCAAUGUAAGAGGGUUGAUUCAGUUGACAAGAUAAGUUCUCAGUCCAUUGAUAGUCUGUUGUUGAAAGUAAAAAUUAUAUAUCAAGAAAUACAUAUGAGAAAUUGAUACAAAUGUUUGUGCAAACGAAGAAUGUUCUUGACAGAAAAGGCAGCAAGUUGUAAGUUGGGCCAGGUGGAAGUCCAGAUGAAAAUGGAGAAACUACUAUUGAUGCCAUGGUGAUGAAUGGGGUAACAAUGGAGGUCGGCGCUGUUGCUGCUAUGAGGUAUGUGCCAGAGGGCAUUAAAGCUGCGAAGCUAGUGCUGGAGUAUACCAAACAUACUAUGCUUGUUGGGGAUCAAGCCUCAGCUUUUGCCAUUUCAAUGGGCCUUCCAGGGCCUAUAAACCUAAGCUCAGUCGAGUCAACAGAGAAGUGGAUGAAAUGGAAAGAAAAUUAUUGCCAACCUAAUUUUUGGAAAAAUGUCACCCCCGGGGAUAAUUGUGGUCCAUACCAUCCAAAUGGUCCUUCAAUAGGAAGAUGUCUGAUGGCGAACGAGCUCCAGCCUAACGAAUUUGGAUCAGUUAAUGUUGGUUUACAUAGCCAUGAUACAAUAUCCAUGGCUGUCAUUGACCAGGUUGGACGGAUUGCUGUUGGUACGUCAACUAACGGAGCCACAUUUAAGAUUCCCGGAAGGGUUGGUGAUGGACCUAUAGCAGGGUCUUCAGCGUAUGCAGAUUCUGAAGUUGGUGCCUGUGGAGCCACUGGGGAUGGUGAUAUUAUGAUGCGCUUCCUUCCAUGUUAUCAGGUUGUGGAGAGUAUGAGAUUAGGAAUGGAACCCAAAUUAGCUGCAAAAGAUGCUAUAUCGCGAAUUGCAAGGAAAUAUCCCGGCUUCAUUGGGGCUCUAUUUGCAGUCAACAAAAGUGGUAUUCAUGCAGGUGCAUCCCAUGGUUGGACUUUUCAGUACUCUGUCAGAAAUCCUGGGAUGAAAGACGCGGAGGUAUUUACUGUUCACCCCUGAAACUGUGACUGCCAUUGGUGACUUCUUUAGCAUACCGCUUCUAUUGUAGUAACUAGAGAAUUUGCCCGCCCAAAAUUCUAUUGGAUUUAAUAAUCUUAUUUAUAAAUUCAAUCCAAAUAGAAUAAUAAUUUUUAUUUAUUAAUAAACAUAAAUGAAAUAUUUCUAUAU